UUUAAACUCAAAAAUGUAUUUCCGUGUAGAAAACGUGAAUUAUUAUUUCUAUUAACUAUUAGUUUGUGCAUAUAUUAAUCCGUGGUUGAAAAUUAAAACUAUUCGAAUCGUUUAUCGUCCACCAACGAAAAUGGACUUGCAAAACUUGGAUAAUUAUCCUGUUUACAUAUUAAAUGUAGUACCAGAACUUUCCGAGGAAAGCAAUCCACAAAUGUCACAACAAAUAAAUUCUGAUGAACCGCUGGCAUACAACUUUUAUCUUCCAAAUGUUGAGGACCAUACUACAAUGGUGAACAGAGAAAUAAUUCUACCAGUAGAUUCUAGAAAAAAUAAAUCAAAGCCAGUUAGGCAAUCGCCCUACGGAAAAAUUGUGCACAAUAUAGCAGGAAAUCAUAAACAAAAUACUGAGGCCCAUAGCAAUACAUUUUCAGAAAAAUCUAUAAGUGAUCUAUCGUCAUUAUUAAAAGAUGAAGAUAUCAAUAAUGACAAUGAACAAGUACUGAAAUAUGACAAAAAAACUGACACAAAUGUAAUUUUUCAUUUAGUAAGACCAACUGAUUUAGAAGAAAGGCCUGUUGAAAUAAAAGUACCAAAACGAGGAAGACCCCGAAAAAUUGUUUCCGAACAAAUUAAGACUGAAAAAAAUCAAAAUGAAACAUCAAAACCAGAAGAUAUAAUUGAAUAUCCACUAAUAUCUACAAAAUCUGGUCGUUUGAGUAAACCUCCAAAACACUUAUUGAAUGGUGAAAAAAUAAUUGAAACCAAAAAAAAUUUGCUACCAAUAAUUGAUAAUGAUGCUAUUUUAUGUAGAAAAAAAGUAAAAUAUAAUGUGAAAUCAGAUUUUGUUUGUGGAGGAUGUGGUAAAACUUAUUUGGGUCAUAAACGAAUGCAAGAACAUUUGGAAAGGUUUCCUACUCAUAAAAUUAAUUCAGUUGAACAGCAAGUUGAUUCAGAGUUACAAGAUAUUUUUAAAAACCUUCAAGAAACACCAACAAACAUUAAUGUUGAAGUAAUUAAUGGUAAAAAAGAAACUCAUACCCAAACAGAGAAUUCAAAAGAUCGACAUUGCGGUUAUAUUAAGUCAAAGAAAAAUUUGGCGAUUCAUUUGAAACAAGUCAUGAAACAUUUAAAAAAGUCAAACCUCAUUAAAUCAUUGUCUGGAACAGUAUCGGUUUGGGAUUUAUUAUCGAGUAAUCUUGAGAGUGGAAAUUUACAAGAAUUUUCUAAAGAGUUACAAACUCUCAUUAUAAAUUUAAAAAGUGUAUCAAAAUCUUUGAAACUAGUAUCAAAGUGUGAAUCUAGUCUUAUAAACCACAAUCAAAUGUUCAUUGACGAUUCUUUAGGGCAUUUGUUUGGCUUAUCACAAGGCACUUAUACUUUACAUAACAUUGAAAACGAAUAUGAAAUGGAACAAUCUUCUAAUGUUUGGACUAUGUCUUCUCCCUCAAAAUCUGUUGAACCCAAAACAUCUACACCCCAAAAUUUAAAUCGGCAUUCUAGUCCUAUUCACUUAAAUCUUUUUGACAGUCAAUCUUCAAAGGUAGAUUUCUUGUUGAGUUCCAGCAUGGAAGAAUCAAUAAUGUGCGAAGACAAUCAAGCCGUUUUGGAAAGUGUAGACGGUCUUGUAUCUGAAAGAUUACGUUCUAUGACUGACCAUUUGCACUCGGAUGUACCUAUAAUUGAUUAUCCAAUUGCGUCUACUUCAUCUACAUCCAAUGUCUCUCAACCAGAUUCCUUUAUGAGUCAUGGGGUCUACGAAGUUUUUAGUAACGAACUGAAUUUGGUACCUACAUCUACAGAAGAGUUUAUUAAAAGCUUAGAACAAUUUGAACCCUUAAAUGAUUCUGAUAACACUUUAAGCACGGAACCAAGAAUGUUGGACUUUGAAGAUCUACAACAUACAUUUCAUACAGCUUAAGUCUUAAAAUGCAAUUCAUAAACUGUUAUUUAUUGAAUUUAUUUAUACAUUUAACCUAGUCAU